ACAGCGGAUUUCGAGUGGGAGAAGUGGGGGAGCGGCGCGAGGAAGAAAAUGGCCGACGAGGCUACGGCAAAAGGGCAGGGACGUCGUGCGAGGUGCGCGCUGCGCGACGCGAGAUCGUCAGUUUCGCGAUAGACCGCGCGAAAAAGGGCCGUGAUACCACCGGCGGGGAAGGCCUAUCGCCAUUGUUCGCGGUCGUGCGUCCCGUCGAGAAAUCUCGCCGAUCGUACCCAGGACUCACGGUGCCCGUUCGUCGCUGGUGCCGUCGUCGCUCAGCGCGCCCACCAAUCGCUCGGGCGUCCCGAUUCGUCAUUUAAAAAAAAAGCGUUCGCGGGCCGAGUUUAGCCGACGGAAGGGCUCGCCAGAGAGGUAAACACGACACCCCCGUUUACACUGGCGCCUCCACCGUCUCCGCCGUGCUUCCCGUCCCGUCCCGUUUUCAGUUCUCCCGCGUUCUCUCCUCGUUGCUAAAGCGUGUGCGUGUGCGUGUGUUGUUCGCGAUCGCGUCGCCGCGCCGCCCGCGCGCGAUCGCCGUCUGUGAAGAUUCUCUCCGCGUGCGACGAUUGAGAUCGAUCAGCAGGUUGAUAAAGUCAACUUGCGAACUGUAUCGCGAUUAAUAAAAUCUACAAUGGCAGUUAGGUAGUUGUAAUUAACAUUGGACAUUCGCGAACUUCGAGCAUAUUUAUAUUUAUUUUGAAGAUGUAAAGAAUACAAUCAUAAUGAAGCCACAGAAGAAGACUGUUGUUGCCAAAAAGGCAACUAAAACGUCAACAGUCGCCAAGAAACGUCGCACAUUUACAGAGAAGAUCAUGCUGGAUGUAAAAAAGGAGAAAAAAUCAAAGAAAAAUGAUAAGGUGGAAGAUCCAAAGAAGAAAACGGAUAAUGAUAAGAAGAAAUUAGAAAAGGCCGAGGAGAGGAAAAAAUUGGAUGACAAAAAGAAACUUAUAGAGGAGAAAAAGAAGGAACGAUUGGAUAAAUUAGAUGAAAAGAAGAAACAAUUGAAUAAGGAUAAUGAAAAGAAAUCUGAUAAAAUUGACGAGAGGAAGGCAGAAAAAAGAGAUGAUAAAGUUAACGAAGAGAUGAGCCAAGAAAAUACGGAUAAGAAAAAAUUACAAAGAUGUGAAGAGAAAGCAAAAUUGGAAAAACAAUCUGCGGAUAAUAAAAAGAAAAUUGAGAAAACUGAAGACAAGAAGAAGAAUAUAAAAUUGGACGAUAAUAUAAAUACCGAGGACAAUGUAAAAUCUUUAAAUACAUUGGAAGAUAAGGAAGUACUUGAAAAUAAAAUUGAUAUUCUCCCUCCGCCAGCUAAGAAAAGGAGUAAAGAUGAGAAGAAGAAAGAUGUCAAAUUCCAAAACAAAACAAAGUCAGAAAAAGGGCAUUACGAGAAAAACGGUUCUGACAAAGAAGCCUCAUUUAUCGGUAGUUAA